CGCAGGUCACGCUGGCGCAUGCGUAAUCUGGAUGAGCAACUGCGGGGAUGCGGUUAUCUCCGCUCCACAACCGGAGAGAAACGGCCGAUUGUAGGAGGAAUGGAGGCGGCCGAGCGGGUGGGGAAGAUUCACAAACACCCAGGGGAGGCCUCAAACCCCAAAGGAAACUCCCGGUCCCGCGGUCACACCGAGCGGGGCAGCGGCUGUUUACCGGGUCUUAGAAAGGAAGGAUUUGGAGAUGUGCACUGAAACUAAACAUCUUGGUUGAGCCAAUUGGUUAUCCAGAACCUGAAUACCAUCGACCUUUGAAGGUGGAAGGGAAAAUGUUCGUCCGUUUUGUCUCCAAGAAAAUAAUUGAAAUAUAAAUGUGACUGGACAAGUAUCGAGACACAUAUACCUGAGUGAGAGUGUUUCAGCACACUGACUGUGGAAGGAGCUUUAACCAGUUACACAGCCUGGACAAACAUCACACCAUUCACAGCAGAGAGAAACUGUCACCUGUUCUGUGUGUGGACAAGGUUCCAAUUGAUCGGCUCAACUGUAGAAACACAAAGACAUUGGCACCAUGGAAAAACCUUGGAAAUGUGAGGACUGUGGUAAAGGAUUCAUUUAUCCAUCCCAGCUGGAAUACCAUCGACGCAGUCACACUGGGGAGAGGCCGUUCACCUGCUCCAAGUGUGGGAAGGGAUUCACUCAGAAAACCUCCCUGAUGUUACACCAGAGAAUUCACACUGAGGAGAGGCCCUUCAGCUGCACUUACUGUGGGAAGAGGUUCAGGUAUUCAUCCACCCUCACUACACACCAGCGAGUUCACACUGGGGAGCGACCGUUCACCUGCUCCAUGUGUGGGAAGGGAUUCACUCAGUCAGCCAGCCUGCUGAAUCACCAGCGCAUUCACACUGGGGAAAAGCCGUUCACCUGCUCUGUGUGUGGGGAAGGUUUCACUCGGUCAUCUAGUCUUUGGUCACAUCAGCAAAUUCAUACUGAGGAGAAGCCUUUCAGCUGCACCUCCUGUGGAAAGAGUUUCGGGCAUUCAUCCACACUCGCUGUACACCAACGUACUCACACUGGGGAGAGACCGUUCACCUGUUCUGUGUGUGGGAAGGGAUUCACUCAGUCAUUUGACCUGGUUAGACACCAGCGGCUUCACACUGGGGAGAGACCAUUCACCUGCUCCGUUUGUGGGAAGGGAUUUGCUCGAUUAUUCAGCCUCCAGUUACACCAACGAAUUCAUACUGAGGAGAGUCCAUUCAGGUGCAGUACCUGUGGAAAGAGUUUCAGACAGUCAUCUGUCCUCAUUGAACACCAGCGAAUUCACACUGAGGAGAAGCCAUUCAGCUGCACUUCCUGUGGAAAGAGGUUCAGACAUUCUUCUGCCCUCACUGUACACCAGCGCACUCACACUGGGGAAAGGCCAUUCACCUGUUCUGUGUGUGGGAAAAAAUUUGCUCAGUCAUUUGAUCUGGUGAGACACCAGCGAAUUCACACCGGGGAGAGGCCGUUCACCUGCACCGCGUGUGGGAAGGGAUUUGCUUGGUUAUCCAGCCUUCAGUCACACCAACAAAUUCACGCUGAGAAGAGCCCAUUCAGCUGAAAUAUCUGUGGAAAGAGUUUCAGACAGUCAUCUAAGCUGACUGUACACCAGCGAAUUCACAUUGAGGAGAGACCAUUCACCUGCUCCGUGUGUGGAAAGGGAUUCACAAGGUCCUCCAACCUGCAGACUCACCUGUAAAUUCAUAAAUGACUGCAGGGUUGGAUUCUGCAGUUUCUGCUGCUGUUAAUCACGUCCAGGAUUGAUAGUCUGACAAUAAUUAGGUUUGUUCCUGCUGAUGUUAACAGCCGUUUAACUGGCUGGAGUUUAAUAUUCUGGAGCUGUCACUGAUUUUCUGGACUGCAGUGCCCCUUUUUAAAAGCACCAUCUGUGAUCCUACCCCUUAAUUCAAGAGUUCUCAACCGGAACUAAAUUACAACAAAAUUAGGAACUAUUACUUCAAUCCUAAAUUGAUCUUUGGUACGAACUCUACAAUUCAGUGUCUGAAAGGUUCCACUGAUUAACAUCUCCAAUUAGAAAGUGCUGAUUAAUCCUUGCUGACAAUUCUGACUCACUUGCACAUUACUCACAGUGACACCUCUGUUAUGUAAUUAAAUUAUCAAGGAAGAUAAACAAAAUAGUGAAGUAUUUUAUAGGCUCAUCAAUGAAAGCUUCAUCAGUCAAUGUUGAUAUUGCUGAAUCUUGGAAGUGGCUGAGUUCAAUCAUUUCUGACACAGCAGUAGCAACAUUUGGGAAAGGUGGAACCACAACAAAGACUGGUUUGAGACCUACUCAGCAGAGAUGAAUCUGUCAUUGAAGCAAAAAGCAAAGCCUACCCGAUUACAACAUAAACCCAACAGCUAGAGCACAGUGUAACUUGAAAGUAGCUGAGACAGUUGUGUAAAAGACAGGGAGCUACUGUGCAAAUAAACACUGGAUCGCCCAUGUCAAGAAAUCCAAACUGCCUGUGACAAUGGAAAUCUGCGUGCUGUGUAUGAUGGGAUCAGGUGGGCGCUUGGUCUGACCAUCACCAAAGUUACCCCCUGAAAUCAGCAGAUGGUGAAGUUCUCACUGACAGAAGUAAACAGAUGUCUCGCUGGGUUGAACUGAACUAUGAGCUGUACUCUCAUGAGACAGAUACUUCCCAGUCCCUGCAGCUUCCUGUCAUGGUUUGAGUUGGAUGAGGACCCUCAUCAUUUGAACUCAAAAAGGCCAUUAAUUGUUUAGCAAGCAGAAAGACACCCGGCAAGGAUGGAAUUCCAGCUGAAUUGCUCAAGCCCAGAAAGUCCCAUCUAAUAUCACAGCUUCAUGACCACCUCCUUCUCUGUUGGGAUGUAGGAUCCUUUCCACAUGACACGUGUGUGAUUGAAGAAUGAUCACAUUAUACAAAAUGAAAGGUGACAGAGGAGAUUGCAACAACUACAGGGACAUCUCACUCCUCAGUAUCACAGGGACGACCUUCACUAGGGUCAGGCUUAAAAGACUCCAUCUACUUGCAGACCGAGUGUAUCCAGAAGCACAGUGCGGUUUCUGUGCUGGCAGAUCUACAGUGGACAUGAUCUUCUCCAUACGCCAGCUACAAGAGAAGUUUACAAUUGGGAUUGAAUCUAAAAUGCUGCCAGCUUCUGUGCUGAGAAAAGUGAAAGGUUAUAAUGACUGAGUGAAAGUAAACCUUUAAGUAUGAAUCACAAUGAACUUGUACCAUUGUAAAAGACAUUGAAAAGUUUGAUUCCCUAAAGAUAAGCUUCAGCCUUGAGGUUCUGUUCCGGAGCUCACAAGCUGUGGGAAGCUCCACCCUCUUUAACUCUUUUCAGUCUCAGAAGGUUGAAGCUCCUUUUGCCUGUGAAAGUGAACUUUUUCAGUUUUAUUUUUCUUCAGUUUUAUUACCGUCAUUUGGAAAGGUGCCUGGGGGAAGAAGAAAAUAAUAACAUUUUGGAAAAGCUGAGAAAAAUAUCAAGAGAAUUGGAAAAAUAAAGAUUGAAAUCGGGUUUGGUUCAUCCUUGAUCUGAAAAUGACGUUAUAUAAAGUUGUCACAAGUUUGCACAUUUGAGAAUGUUUCUUCAGCCCCUUUGCUAACAAGCUGAGAAAUUAACCCUUUCCACUGACAGCACGGUGACAAUUUAAACUAAAGGCUUUGCUUUUUAAAGAUUUGGCUUCAUCCCAUUUGUUAUUGUUCAAGACAAAGUGUCUGAGAACAGGAGAUAUGGGAGUGAUCUGCAAUCUGAUUGCAAGUAUCUGUACUUGUGUCUCUGAUCUACAAACACCAUAAUAUGAGAGUAUUAAAUGGGACAGUAAAGUUCCUUGAGUUUUCCUGAAUGAGAUCGAAUGGUAAUUCAUGGAAUGACAUAUUUAGAAUAAAAGAUAGAGAAAAUCACACCACCAAUUGGGAAAUGGUAUAAUUCACUUGGGUAUAGUUCAAUGGAAUAGUUCAAUCUAAUGUACAUGUACAUUCUAGUGAAAGUCAGGGAAGUGUAGAUGAGACCAGUAAACAGAGAUUUCUCUUGGUGA